GGCGGGACUAUAGCGACUAACCACUAUUACUGAUAUUUGUAGUCGUGCUGAAGCCGCAGCUGAUAAAUAAAAGUAACAGUAUAAAGGUAUAAGGUUAUAAUGGCCAGCUACCUCAAGGACAAUUUGCAAUUCAGCCUGAACAUAUUCAAUACACUUCACCUUGACAGCCCAACACAUUCCACUGCUAUUUUUAUUUUUUUCGUAUUAAAUUAACUACCUCAUAACUUCCUCGAAAGCCCACCAUGGCAUCCUUUUACGAGCUAACCAUCCCCGUCCUAACUCGGGCCCUCCGAACCGAGGUGACGCUUCUCAAGAAGGCCGAGGAGUACGCCAAAAGCACCGGCACGUCCGUGGAAAAACUCGUCGCUGCCCGUCUAGCCCCGGACAUGUUCUCGCUUUCGAAGCAGGUCGGGGUCACGGUGCAUUUUGCGAGGGUCGCGUCCCACCUGCUGGCAGGCAGGGAGCUGGUGCUUACGCAGCUGGACGAGUGGUCGCUCGAGGAAAACUACAGCGCCAUCGCCGACACGCUUAAGCUGCUGGCGGGUAUCAAGCCCGAGGACGUCGACGGGAAGGAAUCCGACGUGCUCUCGUUCAACGUGGGCCCUGGGAAGGACACUAGCGCAAAGGCUGUAGAUUAUGUAACCAAGUUCCUCAUGCCGUCGGUCUACUUCCACUUUAUUACCCUCUACGACAUUCUAAGGCAUGAAGGCGUGCCAUUGGGCAAGCUCGACUUCCUGGGGCACCAAAUUGCAGAAUGGGAGUUGGUCUAGACGUAUACGUAUAAGUAGGAGUAUGAAAGAGUAGGAUAUGGUUGGAUUUGGUAUAAAUAGAGAAGAUUGAAUAAAACCUGACAAUCAUUAUAUCUCGGACGUCUUGUUACCUGCAUCAGAAUAUUUAUUAAAUAC